AUGGACACCGACGACGAGGAAGCCCCGCCGCUGCUUGUCGACGCCAGCGUCGUCCAGGACGUAGACGACCUACCUCUUGUCAAGGUCCCCAUUACAAUCGUCACCGAGUUCGGAAACUCCGCCGACAUUGAGAAGUCGCUUACCGUCAGUAAGGACGGCGGCCAGGUCGAAGAAUGGCUGGACCUGGCCAACGGCUGUCUAUGCUGUACCGUCAAGGAUACUGGUGUCCAGGCCAUCGAGUCGCUAAUGGAAAAGCGGGGCGCUUUCGACUACAUCCUGCUCGAGACUACGGGUUUGGCCGAUCCAGGCAACAUUGCGCCGCUCUUCUGGAUAGAUGAAGGGCUGGGCAGCACCAUCUACCUGGAUGGCAUCGUCACGCUGGUCGACGCAAAGAACAUCCUCAAGAGCUUGGAUGAGCCUCCGCCCGAGACGACUGCGCAUACCGAAGAGGAUCACGACAGCAAAAGCCCCGAGCUAACCACUGCUCACCUGCAGGUCUCGCACGCAGACGUCGUGGUCAUCAACAAAGCCGACCUCGUCACCCCGGAGGAGCUCGAGAGCGUGCGACAGCGCAUCGUUGCCAUCAACGCGCUCGCCAAGAUCCACGUCACUGACCACAGCAAGGUGCCUCAGUUGGAGGGAGUGCUGCUCGACCUGCACGCCUACGACGCUGUCGAUUCUGCGCAGUUGGAUUUUGCUGCGAAGGGUCAUAGCCAUCUUGAUCCGACGAUUGCGACAAUAUCAAUACCGAUCCCUGCAUUGAGCCCGGAAGGCCUCGAGGCGCUGGACAGCUGGCUGCAAUCGCUGCUUUGGGAAGAGACAUUGCCCGAGGGAGCAUUGCCGCACAAGUUUGAAAUCCACAGAACUAAAGGACUCGUGCCGAUGCUUGACGGCUCAUUGAAACUUAUCCAGGGGGUGAGAGAGGUCUUUGAAAUCUUGGACGCUAGAGACAGUCCGUCAAGCGGGCAGCAAAAAGUCGGCGGCGACGUGGAACAGGGCGGAAAGGUGGUGUUGAUUGGAAGAGGCGUGGAAAGCGAGCUAUUCGGCCGGAGUCUGCGUAAAGCUCUUGACGCUUAG